UGGGGUACGACGCAGGAAAACGUGCUUCCGGUUCUCGGCGGAAGUAGCUGCAAGCGGUAGAACCGAUGGGAAAUGUAGUCCAGGGCAGAGACACGGUCAACCCAGCCACGAUGCGAGCCAAAGCAUUCUUCGCUCCAAGCCUGGUCCUGGCUGUUAGUUUGGAACUCACAUACCCAGAUGCUAACUCGCCCUCAGAAUGCAGAGAGGAUGAAACACUGAGUGGACAGUUCAAUCUGUAUAUGGGAGAUAAACUGGAGGGGAAGACGAACGGCAGGAGGGUGAAGAGGAAGCUGAAUGACCGUGCAAACACCCCCAACUCAAAUCCGGGUGGUUACCGCAGAGUGAAUAACAAUAGGUACGAUUUCGUGGAAGGCAACGUCCUUUGAAAGGGCUCCCAGAGCUUCAAGGCCCCCUCCCCUGAUGAACGAGUAAGUCAGGCAGGCCCAGCUCCACUUCACGGAUGGCAAAACUGAGGUACGAGGCGGCGAGAUGACUGGCCCGAGGCCUCGCUGAAAGAUCGGAGGCGGAGCGGAGAACCAGAAGCACCGCUUGCCUCAGGCUGAUGCUCUCAUCUCGGCUCCCCCCGCCCCUACGAUGCCGUAGAUGGCCUCCGCCCCCCGACUCACACACACACCCUCCCCCGGGAAUUGCAAGUCUCCUCGGGUUCCAAGGACGCCGUCAAACGACCAGAGGCCCCAGGCGCUCUCGCGGUGAUUUGCGCAGAGCGUUGGGAGCGUGCGUGCCUCCAGUCCAACAUGGCGGCGGCAGAGGCCGGCCCUGCGCUCCAGACUUCCUUCGGGGUCGGAGGCUUCUCCUCAGGGUCCUCGGGUAGGUGGGAAAACAGAGCAGCCCCGCCAGGCCUUUCUUGUCGCGGCCGCUGCUCACUGAAGGAGUCACCUACCCGACAAGACUAACGGCUGCGGCUGCGGCUGCGGCUGCGGCUGCGGCGCGGAGGCCCCACAGCCCGCGAGAACCAGGAAUACGAGAGCCAGGCGGCACCGUGGCCGGAGCUGUACUGAGCAAGAAAGAAGAUUUCAAAGUCCAGGCACUCCCACUCCUCCUGACAGAAAUCUACAGCCACAUCCCUGAACAUCAUCAGCUAUUGAAAGAACAAGUCCAGGGGCUCACCAGAGAAGACAGGGCAAGGUGAGGGGGAUAUCCUAGCAGAGGAAACAACAUGUGCCAGUCAAGCAAAGGUAUCUUUGUGCAUUCGAGGAACACAGAAUGAGAGGAAAGACCAGUGGCAGGUGGGGAUGUAUAAAGCAGGGAUCCUGUUAUGAAAAGCUCUAAAAAAAUAGGCUAUAGCAUUUGGACGUUAUUUCAGAAGUAAUAAGAAAGCAUUCUGCAUUUUUAAAGUAAGGUUUAAAAAUGUUUCUAAUUAAAGAUAAAACAAAGUUGGUGUGAGAGGGUAAAGACUGAUAUACACAAUCUGAGGAGUUCAUAAAAAUUCCAUGUAAAGCAUGUAGUAUGAAUUGGUCCUAGGAGACAGAGAGCUUCAGCGGCAUAGAGAACUUUAAGAACUUUUCCAAGAGUGGAGGGCUGGAGAAUAAAUUGUGAACUAAAAUAUAUUUUGUGUUUGAGAACA